AUGUCACACUUCAGGUCGAAGAAGCUGGACCUCAGCGGAUUUAUCAAUGCCCGCGUGAUCCGCGAUCACACGAAGCGCAAGGUCUUCGAGCAAUAUGAACCUGAUCGUCAAGCUCUCCGCUACAUCAUCCGCAACACUACCCUCCCUCAGCGUAUCCGUGCCCAGGCUCAGCUUCAGCUCUCUCAGAUGCACGCCUACACCCGGCCGACGCAGAUCAAGAACAGAUGUGUCGCAGGAGGAAUCGCCAGGAGUGUGAUACGCGAUUUUAGAAUUGCGAGAGCAACGCGAUCCUUGAUGAUGUUUGUUUACCGUCGACAGGAUCUGCCUCAAGACCCUGUAUUCCCUGCUGACUUGGAGAAACUUGGGUACUUCAUCAAUGAAAAGGAUCAGAUCAGAAAGAUUGCCAAUCCCGAACAGGAAUUCCAGUUCAAGAUCAAUAGAAAUGACCGAUGGAACGAUCUACAACGUGGGGCCAUGAAUGAAUGCAUUCGCACUAUCGUCUCCUCGCGUCUGCGCAGUCUGGGACUCACUACUAUCCGACUUCCUCUCUCUUCUGGUCCUAAAGAUCCUCAUGUUCCAAUUUGGGUCUCUGCGAACCUAGCUCGCGCAUCCCGCGUCGUCGUUGUCCUUGGGGAGCCCAUUCAGGACCUUGGUAUCUGGGCCUACCGUACUAUAGGCACAGAGGGCAUCAACGCAGGUUCAGCUGUGGCUUUUGCGAGAGCACUCCUUGGACAGAAAUCCGAAGCAGUCUUCAGAAAUGCCAAUUCAAAUUUUAAGGAUGCAGACACUGCUCUAAUUCUGGCGAAUACAGGUCAGCUGAUUUGGCACUGUGGUUCCGGUCGAGCAGUCACUCAUCAAACCUGGCUCACCCUUCCACGGUCCUCGGCUGUCGAUUCGCCGUUGACGAUGACCCGUCGAAACAAAAUCCCUUCGAACGAAGACUGGCAGGAACAUGUUGCCUACGUUUUCGAAGAGAUACUCUCAGCCCGCGGCCGCCUCGUCAGGGAGGACGCGAAGAUCGACAUCAUUGGCUUGUCCGAGGGAGGUCUAGGAAUGAUUCGGUAUCUCGAAGCUGAGUGGGAUUCCUGGAGACCAUACAUAUCCGCCAUCGCAUUGUCCAACCCUCUCCAUCACACCCAUAUCGAACUUGUAGAGGAGAGCCCGGCUGUGCCAUCAUCGUUCACCUCUUUCGUCUCCUCGCGCUGCCGCGCUUAUGUGCUCUCCGACAAACCUGUUGGCUUCCCCGUGCCAGGCUUCCAAGAACACGGCUGCAAUUGCUACUCGUCUGGUGAGGCGCUGAAUACAGAAUGCAUCAUGCCGAAGGCUUGGGAAGAUAUGCUUGAAUGGCUGGCAAAGAUGUACGCGAACCCUUCUGACGGUGAAGCACAUCUCGAGUUCAAGGAGUUGGACGGCGUUACUUCGGAGAGCGUUGCCGGGGAUGAAGAUUGA